AUGCAUCUGGACGGCGUCGACGACAAGCUCGGCGGCGGCAGCUGCGCCCCCUCCCCCGCGCGCUUUGAGCUGCAUGAGGAUCCUUCCUUCUGGAAGGACAACAAUGUGCAGGUUGUGAUCCGUAUCCGACCGCUGAGCGGCAGUGAGGUAUCGCUGCAGGGGCAGAAGCGGUGCGUCAGGCAGGAUAAUAGCCAGAGCCUUACCUGGAUUGGACACCCCGAGUCCCGGUUCACUUUCGAUCUUGUCGCUGACGAACAUGUCACGCAGGAGGACAUGUUCAAGGUUGCUGGGGUGCCCAUGGUGGAGAACUGCAUAGCUGGCUAUAACAGCUGCAUGUUUGCUUACGGGCAGACUGGAAGCGGAAAAACACAUACAAUGCUUGGUGACAUAGAAAACGGAACACGGAGGAACAAUGUGAAUUGUGGCAUAACUCCUCGAGUGUUUGAGCAUCUCUUUACCAGGAUCCAAAAGGAAAAGGAAUUAAGGAGAGAUGAAAAGCUCAGGUUUACUUGUAAAUGCUCUUUUUUGGAGAUUUAUAAUGAGCAGAUUCUGGAUCUGCUCAACCCAAAUUCUGUAAACUUGCAGAUAAGGGAGGAUGCCAGAAAGGGUAUCCAUGUUGAGAGUUUGACAGAGCAUGAAAUCUCCAAUGCUCGAGAAGCGCUGCAACAACUUAUUGAGGGAGCAGCAAACAGAAAGGUAGCAGCCACCAAUAUGAACCGAGCAAGUAGCCGUUCUCAUAGUGUUUUCACCUGCCUUAUAGAAAGUAAGUGGGAGUCACAAGGUAUCAAUCACCACCGCUUUUCUCGACUCAACCUUGUUGACCUUGCGGGCUCAGAAAGGCAAAAGAGCUCAGGUGCUGAAGGGGAGCGAUUGAAGGAAGCUACCAACAUCAACAAAUCACUCUCAACUUUGGGACUUGUCAUUACGAACCUAAUUGCUGUGUCAAACAAAAAGUCACAGCAUGUUCCGUACAGAGAUUCAAAAUUAACAUUCCUCCUCCAGGAUUCCCUUGGAGGAAAUUCAAAAACGACCAUAAUUGCAAACAUAAGCCCAUCCAGCUGUUGUGCUGCUGAGACAUUAAGCACAUUGAAAUUCGCGCAACGAGCUAAAUACAUAAGGAAUAACGCUAUAAUUAAUGAGGAUGCUUCUGGUGAUGUUCUUAGCAUGCGCUUACAGAUCCAGAACCUUAAGAAAGUAAUCAGCCGUUUGCAAGGACAAUUAGGUUCUGAUAAAACAGAAGGCAUAGCCUCCCAUGGGUUUGUCUGUGAGUCCCCUAGCACAUUCAAAUGGGAUCAAGGUCAUGGCAUGUUCACUCCACUUACUUUUGAUAAAAGGGCUACACAGAGGAACAAUUACGAUGCUGCCCUUGUCGCUGCUUUUAGGAGGGAACAAGAGAAGGAAGCACAAUUGAAGGCAAUGAUAGAUGCAAAGCAGAUUGCUGAACAGCUGGCAGCUCAAAAGACAGAAGAGGUAAGAAGUUUCAAGAUGAGGCUUAAGUUUCGUGAAGAACGGAUCAAAAGACUGGAGCAGGUUGCUUCAGGGAAAUUAUCUGCUGAAGCACAUCUUUUGCAAGAGAAGGAAAACCUUGUAAAGGAAUUAGAGGUCCUGCGGGGUCAAUUAGAUCGUAAUCCAGAAAUUACAAAAUUUGCAAUGGAGAAUCUACAAUUAAAGGAAGAGCUACGAAGGUUGCAGUCAUUUGUUGAUGAAGGUGAACGAGAAAUGAUGCAUGAGCAAAUCAUUGUUUUACAAGAUAAGCUACUUGAGGCUCUUGACUGGAAGCUUAUGCAUGAGAAGGAACCUAUCAACAAGGGCCUCUCAUUAUUCGGGGAGUCAGCUGGUGAUGAGGAAAAUGAGUUUCUUCGUUUGCAGGCUAUUCAAAAUCAGAGAGAAAUUGAGUCGUUGCGUAAAAAAUUGACUUUCUGCCUUGAAGCAAAAGAGAAUCUUGAAAUGCAUGUCAAUGAGUUGACCACAGAAUUGGAGCUUACAAAGAAAAACGAUAACACAGAUAAAGAGUUCAAGGCUGCCCAGCUCCAGGAGCAAGGAGAGGCAGAUUUACAUAACUUGUCUGAUGCUCAGAUGGAACUUAAGACUUUGGUUGAUGCAAUAGCUUCUGCAAGUCAACGGGAAGCAGAAGCUCAUGAAACUGCGAUUGGUUUGGCCAAAGAGAAUGAAGAAUUGAGGAUGCAGCUUAAGGUUUUGUUUGAGGAUCACAAGAGAUUGGUUGAACUCUAUGAAAACGCUGUUGUCAAUGUUGAAGCAAAUCAAGAUCGAAACCCUGUGAACGAAGAUCUGCUGAAUGCCCAACCAGCAGCCACAUCAGAUUUGCAUGCACAUAACUCAUCCAAUGUGGCAGAGGAGUCUAAGAUAGUAGAUGAACAAUGCACCAAGGAGGACAAUUUAUCAAGAAUUACAUCUGUUGAAUUGCGUCUUCAGCUGGAGGAGAUGCAUGAGGAAAAUGAUAGACUUAUGGGUUUGUAUGAGAAAGCUAUGCAGGAAAGAGAUGAAUUCAAACGGAAGAUUUUAGAGCAAAGCGACUCUGAAGCUGUAAAGGAGAUUCAAUUGGACGAGAAAGAUGUUGAAAUGAGUGAAGCAGCUGAGAAUCCUGAAGUGAAAAAUGUUCAUGACUCCACAAUUUUAGCUUUGAAAGAAGUGCUGCAGAUUGUUCGGAGUAAGCUGGAGCUUGUCCAAGAUAAGGUUGUGUCUGCUCAGGAUGCAGUUAAAUAUUUUAAGGUACUCGAAAUGGCUAGUGGUAAGGCCGAAGAACUUUCUGCAAGAAUUGAGCUUCAGCGUCUAGGCGCACAGCAUGGUCAGGAAGACAUCACUGUCCUGAAGUCUGUGCUGUCAGAAUCACAGGAGAAGAAAAAUGCUUUUGAAGACAAGUAUUUCUUGCCUGCAGCAUCAUGUUGGAACUUGGUUUUGAAGACCAAAAGUCUUGCAGAGUCCAAGUUCGAUGCCAGCCUUGAAUCAAUGAAUCAGAAGAAAGAACAGUUGAAUCAUCUCCAAACUCGCAAAAUCGAACUAUCUGCCGCAAGAACAAGAGCACGUGAAUCUGAAACUGAGUUGAGAAGCAAAAUUGAUGGCCUUAAAGUGAAACUUCGCUCUUAUGAAGCUCAAAGAAAGGAGGAAGAAAAGGUCCUGUUUGCUAUUGAUAACCUGGAUAUUUCCACUGCACCAAUGCAUAAACCCAAGAAAUAUGGCAAGGCAACCGACCUGCUGAAAUUCGAGGAGGAUCGGAUGAAGCUUUUGUGUGAACUACAGAAUGCCCGCGAACAGCUCUCCAUGGUACAAAAGGAAAUAAAAAACAUGAAUAAAUUUGAUUAUAUUGAUUGUGAGAUUGCAGUCCUUGAAGCAGAAAUAGAGGAUUCCUGCCUCUCCAUACUGGAAGCUGACAUUGAGAAGUUUGUCUGUGACAACACGUUGACAGAGAUUUGGGAGGGUAGGGCAAAGGACAUGGAGGCCUUUCUGGUUGAGUACCAGGACUGUGUUUUCCAAGUCAACUUGAAAGAGGAAGAGAUCAAUGUGUGUAAUGAGUCCUUGCAGUAUCAAGCCAGGGAGUUGGACGAACUUCAGUCAAAGCUAAAUAAGGCGAUGCGGGAGCUGGGUGAGCUUCUGCAAGACAGAAGAUGCUUAACUGCUUGCAGUCUGGAUGAACCCAUGCUGUCCGUUGGUGAAAAGGUGGCAACAGAUCUUGAGGUUGUCCGGAUUCAUGUCGAUGAAGCUAAGCAGCUUUUGCUUCUCGACAAUCAAGCUAAUCUGUGA